AUGGAAGAAGGCUGGGAUUUCGACGCCGCACCCGCCGAGUUCAAGCAAGUGCAACCCUUCUUGCUAGGCCUCUUCGCUGUCUCCGGCACCGGCUGGCUGAUGAACUAUUUCACGACGAUUCGAGCAGCUUUCCAAGAUCGGACACCCGGCGUCUCCUUAAUAGCACUGAGUAACAAUCUCGCCUGGGAGUUUGUAUAUGCCAUCUUCUAUCCCCCGCCGCUGCCCAUUGCGACUAUAAUCGUCCGCUCGUGGCUACUCGUUGAUAUCUUUGUCAUUUACACCACGGUCAAGUUUGCGCGAGCCGCACCGGGAAACGUAAAUCCGCCCCUUCUCAGGCACUACCUGCCGCUAUUCGUGCUUGGUGGGAUCCUGGGCUUCUUCUCGGGCCAUUGGGCCCUCUCUGUGAUGCUUAGUCCGCUUCGCGCGUUCUACUGGAGCGGUAUGGUAUGUUUGAUCACAAUGAGCGGCACGGCGCUGGGUCUGCUGGUCCAACGGGGACAUACGCGUGGAGCGUCGUAUGGAAUGUGGCUCUCACGAUUCAUCGCAUCAGUAUUCGCAGUAGCUAGUUUGUUUCUUCGCUCGACCUACUGGCCGCAGGGAUCAGCAUUGGUCAGAGGCAAAGACGGAAGAAUCUACGCAAAAUGCCACGUCCUGAUCCAAAAGCCUAAGCAUUGCCCACGCAGUGCUCAUGCAAAGCUGCAGAGGGUAUAA